AGAUUUAUACUGAGUUAGCCGUUUCCCUUUGAGUACGCUGAAGACGCACCCUGGUACCAGACAGCACAAUUCGAACAGUACCUGGCAAAAACCGUUGUUGAUUGAAACAAAUAAACAAGCAAACAAACUGUUUCGCAGAAUUCGCACGCAAACAACCCUGGACUUUACCAACUAUAGAUCGUUCAAGGAUGCCAAUGUGAGGAGCUGAGCGUAUUGGAAUGCAUAAUAAAUUAUUAAAUGCUUUUAUGGAGGAUUGUAAUUGACAAAUACAAAUUAAUUGAAAAUCUGCGAAGUAUCAUUCAGUUGAUGAAUAAGAAUUGAGUAGCGUUAUUUAUAGAAUCAGCCGGGUAAAAGUGAAGGGAGGAUCCAACCAGGGACCGACCAGGUGUUGCCUUUGAUUCUGAACUUGAAUUGUUUGUCUGGCAUCCAAUCUGUUUUAGACAACAGGAUCAAGGAUUUUAAUGCAACACGUUUUGUAAAUGUGUAAAGGUUCCUGAGAUACCUUUGUGACUUCUACAGCUGGCGGAAUACAAGGAACAGAUGAAUAAAAGCAAUAAGAAGUUUGAAAAGAAUUUGUGCAUAUGAUUUUGAAGGUGCUAUGUGCGAAUAUCUUCUAAUGUGAAACAUGAUACAUAGACAAGUCAAUCGAAUGAUACGAUGCUUAAACUGGAAAUAAAUUGCAGAAUGGUUAGUCGAAUUACAUCAAAUUUAGAAGCGGAUUACUACGCAAUAGUUCCCGUAUUUAACUAAAACGACAAAUAAACGGGCCUAGCGUAAAUAUUCCAUUGACAAUUUCUGAUGGAAUAAGGAUCCAUGGAUUAGAGGCAAUCGUAGUAGGGAAUUAUUUGGACUGUUGUUACAAUAUAUUCAUGCUGGGGAUUGCGCUUCUGAUUAAGAAAUCCGCAAUUUACAUCGUUUUUCAAUUUCCCUAAUAUCCUCGGACAAGACGGAGAUAAAACACUUGCGUAGAAGAUUUGAUUAAUGGACUACACAAUUAUGGACGUUUAUCAACUUUAAUUGGUAUUCUGGCCGACAAUGCGAUAGUUUUGUCGGGGCUUUUUAAUAUACAUGCUAUCAUGAUGCUUAGUGUCUCGAUGUCAGCAGGCACUGGCCAGUUUCGCGCUGAUGAUGACACGAGAAACCCCAUACAUCACAACGACAAUAUUUCAAACUUCACUAAGCAAAUUAAUGAUGUCAUUACAGAAUCUGUGGAUCCCACGCAGUCGCUUUUUCUUGAGGAGUUAACUAAUGGCUAUAACAACGUUUCCAAUGGGACCACUUCACCAUUUGACCCAUCUGGAUCACCUGCCUUUUUCUACGAGCUCUAUGUAUACGGAUAUAUCUUUCCUCCUAUAACUAUUCUUACGAUUGUCGUCAAUACGCUCGAGAUGAUCGUUUACUCUCACCCGAGUAUGAGGUCACCGACCAGUUAUCUGUUAGUGGCUAUGGCCUUGGCUGACAUGCUUACUGGUCUCAUCCCCCUUCCCGUGUUUUUCUUUUACUAUACGUUCGGGGGCUAUAGACAUUACAUGAGCGUCUCUGGGUGUUACAUAUAUCAAUACCUCAGGAACAUUUUGCCAACUAUUAUGCAUACUGCUUCAAUAUGGCUUAAUCUAGCUCUGGCGAUACAUAGGUAUAUAGGGGUGAGCCAUUCGAAGGACAUCAGAGGGAUAUAUUGUACAAAACGGGCAGUUUGGACAGGCAUUCUCAUUAUUCACGUAUGCGCAACGUGCGUACAUUUACCACGCUUUUUUGAGGUGACAUUCCAACCAAUUAAAUUCCCAAGUAAAAUUGGAAAUAAUGUUCUAGAGGAGGCAUGUAUUCCGGUCGAGAGUGAUUGGUACGCGUCUGUGGACUUUACCUACUUUAACAUGUAUUUCAUCACAAGGGCGGCAGUAAUUCAAGUUCUUCCCUGUUUGCUGCUGGGGAUCUUCAAUUGUUUAUUAAUGAAGACAGUUGUCAUGGGCAACCGGGCCCGAAAAGGACUUCUCGAAGAUAACGCUAAAUUGGAAGCGAGGCUAUCAAAAGAAUCGAUUAGGACUACGGUUAUGCUUCAAGUGAUUCUAAUUCUUUUUCUUAUAUCGGAGGUCCCCGUUGCUGUUAUUUUGAUCAUCAAAGUAAUCCAGAUGAACACGGGGAUAUUAAUCAUUCAUCCAAACGCUGAAGCGAUAUUGGCCGUAAUGUCGAAUUUAAUUAUUUUGUUGAGCUACCCUAUGAACUUCAUCGUGUAUUGCAGCAUGAGUAGAAAGUUUAAAAAGACGAUGCUAAAAAUCUUUUCACAAGACUGCUGUGAUAAAAAGUCAGUUGUGUGGCUUUAACUAAAUUCAUUCAUUUGUAAAUAUAAAAUAUAUAGAUGCUACAGUAUAUGAUAUUACGG